CCCGCUUUUAAUCUAUAGUGGGUACUUGACUAUAAAGGUGAGAUAGGGAGAGGUGAGGAAGAACAGGGUAGUUUAGUCUGAAAAACUGUUGAACUAGAAGUAUUAGGCUGCCUUCCAACCUUUGCCUGGUUCUGCCUGCCUGACCUCCUUGUAUUUUGGUCUUUAAAAACACACAAACACUUGUAAGAAACAAGAGAGAGAAAAAGAAAAAGAAAAAGAAAAACAGAGAAAGAAAUGGGGAAUUGCCAAGCCAUAGAUGCAGCAACACUAGUAGUCCAACACCCAAAUGGUAAAGUAGAUCAGAUGUAUUGGCCUGUUCCUGCUAGUGAAAUCAUGAAAAUCAACCCUGGUUAUUAUGUUGCUCUUCUCAUUACUACCACUGUCUGCCACACUUCCCCUAAAAUAGAGCCUCAUUCUGAUCCUAACACCCACAAAAACACCACCAUCAACAAAAACACCCAGAAAAACAGCAACACUAGAAGCAACACCACCAAAAACACCCAGAACGACAAAAACAGCAGCACAAGCACAGGAGAUGGGCGGAAUACGGUGCGGAUUACUCGAGUUAAAUUGCUCCGUCCGACUGAUACUUUGACACUAGGUCAUGUUUACAGGCUCAUCAGCAGCAAAGAAGUUAUGAAGGGAUUGGUAGCAAAGAAACAAGCAAAAAUGAGAAAGAAUGGUAUAGAAUUAGCUGACUCUGAAGGUCUUAAAGAGGCUCAAAAUUUUGCUAGAUCUCAACAACAUAAAAAUCAGGGUAGUAGACAUGGGCAUCGAUCUAAAAUAGCAUCAGCAUCAAAUGGAGGAGCAGCUAAGCCAAAAACAUGGCAACCCUCUUUACACAGCAUUUCUGAAGCUGCAAGCUGAUGAUAAUAUCAAUAAAUUCACAUUUCAAUUAGGGGAGAAAUCAAGGAAAAAGCCUCCUUAUAGAAGACAUGAAAAGAUCAUAAAUUUAGGGAGGUUUGGUAGAUGAAGAGCAUAUGUUCAAGAUGAUGAUCAUCCAAGUCAUGCUGAAAUUGUACAUAGAUGACAAAGGAAAUGCAAUUGACAUUGUUGUAUCAACAUAAUUCCUCUUUCUCAAAAUUAAUAGGCUUUUUAUCCCAACAA